AUGCCCGCGUGCCUUCCAUACCUCUACUCACCAAUGCCCGCGCCUUCCCAUACCCUCUACUCACCAAUGCCCGCGUGCCUUCCCAUACCCUCUACUCACCAAUGCCCGCGUGCCUUCCCAUACCCUCUCACCAAUGCCUCCCAUACCCUCUACUCACCAAUGCCCGCGUACCCAUACCCUCUACUCACCAAUGCCCGCCCCAUACCCUCUACACCAAUGCCCCGCGUGCCUUCCCAUACCCUCUACUCACCAAUGCCGCGUAAAUUCCCAUACCCUCUACUCACCAAUGCCCGCGUGCCUUCCCAUACCCUCUACUCACCAAUGCCCGCAAAAUUCCCAUACCUCUACUCACCAAUGCCCGCGUGCCUUCCCAUACCCUCUACUCACCAAUGCCCGCGAAUUCCCAUACCCUCUCCACCAAUUCCCGCGUGCCUUCCCAUACCCUCUACUCACCAAUGCCCGCGUGCCUUCCCAUACCCUCUACUCACCAAUGCCCGCGUGCCUUCCCAUACCCUCUUACUCACCAAUGCCCGUGCCUUCCCAUACCCUCUACUCACAAUGCCCGCGUGCCUUCCAUACCCUCUACACCAAUGCCGCGUGAAUUCCCAUAUACCUCUACUCACAAUGCCCCGUGCCUUCCAUACCCUCUACUCACCAAUGCCCGCGUGCCUUCCCAUACCCUCUACUCACCAAUGCCCGCGUACCCAUACCCUCUACUCACCAAUGCCGCGUGCCUUCCCAUACCCUCUACUCACCAAUGCCCGCGUGCCUUCCCAUACCCUCUACUCACCAAUGCCCGCGUGCCUUCCCAUACCUCUACUCAAUGCCCGCUUGCCUUCCCAUACCCUCUAUUCACCAAUGCCCGCUGCCUUUCCCAUACCCUUACUCACCAAUGCCCGCGUGACCCAUACCCUCUUACUCACCAAUGCCCGCGUGAAUUCCCAUACCCUUACUCACCAAUGCCCGCGUGAUACCCUUACUCACCAAUAA